AGCUGAGCUCUUGAGCAGAAACAGCGAGGCAACAGAAGCAGUUGCAAAGCAACCACAGGCAGUAUUAGUUGUCAAGGCUAACUACUUAGCCACAGAGCAGUAGGUAGCUUGCUUCCAGACUCCUGUGCUUAUGGCUUCUCCAAAAUGCACGUGGAAGAGCAUUCGGUCUCAUUUGGAGAGCCUAAGAGCCAACCCGCUCGACAGUAAGACACUGCAAGAGAAUAGGAAAGCUUACACAAUGAAUACCUGUCAGCAUUGUUCUCGCUCCAGGAGCUCAUGGGUAACAUACUCCUCUAGGAACGUUCCCCACCCUCGGAUGCUCUGCCACAUACAAGGGUUAAACAAUAGUCCGAUCUGUUCUGUAAGACACAGCUGUUUUGGAGAACCCCCAUAUGCUGGCCAAACAGCCAUCCCUGAGCAAAAAGCUGACGGAGAGUGUGUGCUAGAUGGGAAUGCCAGAGGCAGCUCACCUGCCAACAACUGCCUUCCAAGGCUUGAGGCUUUCAUGCAGAGACGGCCUGGUUCUUCACAGCUUGCGACACAACAUGGAGAAGGACUUGCAAAUGUUCCAGAGAGGACUCAAAGUAGCCCCAAAUCACCAGAAAAGCUUUUGAAAAAACACCCCCAAACCUCUGCACAACCAGCAACUGCCCAGGGAGUCCUCCAGACUCUCUUCCAGCCUUCUUCUGCAUGCCUCAACUCGAGUCACAGUCCUCACGCCCAGCAGAACACAGAUCUUGACCUAAGCUACCUGCAUUGGGAAAUAAAGGUGCUUGAAAAACUGAGAAAUGUUUUCCAGACAGAUUCACUUACAGAGAUCCAAGAAUGGCUCUCAAAGGCGAGUCUAAAAGAGAAAGUCUUCAUGUCCAGAGUGAUUUGCUCUGAACUGACUGGUAAAGGCAGGCUGAAUAACCAGCCACAGGCAAUGCAGGAAGGUGCAGGAGAGAGCACAGAUAUCCAGAGUUUGCUAAAGCCUCGGUCUCCUCAGAGAGGUCCAGAAGGAGAUACAAAUAACAGGCCUUCAACUAACAGAUCAGAAGCAAGUCGAAACAUGAAGCAUGAAAUGGAUAAAGACCGUAUUUUGUUCUCAAGGCUGAGAAACAGAAGUCCAGCACAUGCAGACACAUCAUCCCCAGAGAAGAGUCAUGGCUGGCAAUGGAAACAAAGAGAUGUGCCCUUGAAUGCUGCCUUGCAGCAAGCAAAACAACAGACAGCCCCCACCCAAGGGAGGCCCAUGUCUUCAUAGCCAUUAAAGCAGCUGCAAGUCAUUUUCACAUACAGAAAUGCAUACUCUUAGCACUUACAGAUAUAAAAUUAGAACAAAUGUAAAGAAA